ACUGGCUGGGGGAGCGAGCGAAGCGCCUUUGGAAAUUUCCACCCAUUUGGCUGAGUUUACUGACGUAUGUGAGAAAAUCAAAAGGUUACAAAUCACGUCAAACACUCCUGGACUCAUGUGUGGUCACUAUAAUUACUUUGUGUUUCCUGCAUUGUGAAACGGAUUUGUUUCUUGUUGUUCUCUAAUUAGUCAUAAUCAACUCAUGGACUAUAUCUAUGUAGUAUAACUAUACUGAACAAAAACAGAAAUGCAACAUGUAAAGUGUUGGUCCCAUGUUUCAUGAGCUGAAAUGAAAGAUCUCAGAAAUGUUCCAUAUGCACAAAAAGCUUAUUUCUCUCAAAUGUUGUGCACCAAUUUGUUCACAUCCCUGUUAGUGAGCAUUUCUCAUUUGCUAAAAUAAUCCAUCCACUUGGCAGGUGUGGCAUAUCAAGAAGCUAAUUAAACAGCAUGAUCAUUACACAGGUGCACCUUGUGCUGGGGACAAUAAAAGGCCACUCUAAAAUUUUCCGUUUUGUCACACAACAUAAUGCGACAGAUGAAACUGUGGGUUUGCAAAACAAAGAAUUAUCAGAAACCAUCUCAGGGAAGCUCAUCUGCGUGCUUGUUGUCCUCACCAGGGUCUUGACUUGAUUACAGUUCAGCGUCGUAACCGACUUCAGUGGGCAAAUGUUCACCUUCGAUGGCCACUGGUAUGCUGGAGAAGUGUGCUCUUCACGGAUGAAUGCCGGUUUCAACUGUACCGGGCAGAUAGCAGGCAGCGUGUAUGGCGUUGUGUGGGCGAGUGGUUGGCUGAUGUCAACGUUGUGAACAGAGUGCCCCAUGGUGGCGGUGGGGUUAUGGUAUGGGCAGGCAUAACCUACGGACAACAAACACAAUUGCAUUUUAUCGAUGGCAAUUUGAAUGCACAGAGAUACCGCGAUGAGAUCCUGAGCCCCAUUGUCGUGCCAUUCAUCCGCCACCAUCACCUCAUGUUUCAGCAUGAUAAUGCACGGCCCCAUGUCACAAGGAUCUGUAUACAAUUCCUGGAAGCUGAAAAUGUCCCAGUUCUUCCAUGGUCUGCAUUUUCACCAGACAUGUCACCCAUUGAGCAUGUUUGGGAUGCUCUGGAUCAACGUGUACGUGUACGACAGUGCGUUCCAGUUCCCGCCAAUACCCAGCAACUUCGCACAGUCAUUGAAGAGGAGUGGGACAACAUUCCACAGGCUAGAAUCAACAGCCUGGCCAACUCUAUGUGAAGAAGAUGUGUCGCGCUGCAUGAGGCAAAUUAUGGUCACACCAGAUACUGCCUGGUUUUCUGAUCCACGUCCCUACCUUUAUUUUAAGGUAUCUUUGACCAACAGAUGCAUAUCUGUAUUCCCAGUCAUGUGAAAUCCAUAGAUUAGGACCUAAUGAAUUUAUUUCAAUUGACUGAUUUUCAUAUAUGAACUGUAACUCAGUAAAGUCUUUGAAGUUGUUGCAUGUUGCGUUUGUAUUUUUGUUCAGUUUAGUCAUAAUCAACACACGGACUGUAUCUAUCUAGUAUAACUAGUAUUUCUUAUCUAGUUUGACAGUUAGUAGGCCUACAUUGUUGUUUGCUGAAUAACAAUGUCCUGUAGUAUACUGUAUCUAUACGACCCUGGCCUAGCUUUGGUACUGUUGUCACCCCUCCCCUACUCUUGUUUUGAAAAAUCUCUCCAUCCAACCAGAGCCACCUCUCUACACAAGCUGUUUGACUGAGCGUAUAGGUAUAUAUAUAUAUAUCUACCCUGUCCCCUCCUUUCCUUCCCUCCUCCCCCCACACUCAUCUCACCACUCGCUCUCGCCUGAUUGACUGUGUGAGACAAAUUAGGCUUCUGAAAUGAUCAACAAAUUUGACAGUGUUCUGUUGGCCCAGAAGAAGUUUAUCUACCACUAUAAGAACAUGCGCUGGGCCAAGGGCCGACAUGAAACCUACCUGUGCUUCGUGGUCAAGAGGCGGGUGGGACCAAACUCACUCUCCUUCGACUUUGGACACCUGCGCAACCGGUCCGGCUGUCAUGUUGAGCUGCUGUUCCUGCGCCUCUUGGAAGCAGGUGCCCUGUGUCCAGGCCUGUGGGGUUAUGGAGCUCCAGACAGUGUGGGACUGUGUUACUCUGUCACCUGGUUCUGUUCCUGGUCCCCCUGCUCAGACUGCUCCUACAGGCUGGCCCAGUUCCUCAGCCAGACCCCCAACCUCCGCCUCAGGAUCUACGUCUCCAGGCUCUACUUCUGUGACCCGGAGGACAGCAGUGCGAGAGAGGGUCUCCGCAUGCUGCGGAGAGCCGGGGUGCAGAUCACUGUCAUGAACUAUGAAGACUAUUUCUACUGUUGGCAGACUUUUGUAGCUUGCAGACAGCGUGUGUUUAAGGCCUGGGACGGACUGCAUCAGAACUCUGUUCAACUGGCCAGGAAACUUAACGAAAUCCUGCAGCCUGGUGAGGCAGAAGAUUGGGGAGAUGCUUUCGAGCUACUUGGACUGUGAUUCACCUCUAUCCCUGUCAUAUACCCUGAUAUGGAGCUGUUUAUUUCUGCUCCUCCCACUGGUGCUACCUGUCAAUGUUAUACUGUAAAGAUCACUUUAAUCUAUCAUUGUAAAAGUAAAUAAUAAUAACUGAAAUAGGUCAACUGUACAACUCAAUAAUGUGUUUAUAUAUUGUUAUUUAAUCCAUGGGAUUUACAUUUUUACCCUUUGUAGCAUUAUUACUGUCUUGUAACACAUUCAUUAAA